AUGAGGCUCAAACGGCACCCGCCGCAGGAAACCUGCCCAGAGCCUGGCCCGCCCUGGAUGAUGAAUCCGGUAUAUCGAGGCAUCUCCACCAAGGAAAUCCAGAAUACCAAGACGGUUUACACGGCACUCACGCGGCACUUGGCCCGGAAAAUCCCCCCCACAAGCCCUCACAGCUCUGUCUGCUCUGGACUCCGGAGACCAGAAUUGUUCGAGUCCAGACAAGUGAAGGCCGCAAUAACACUACCCUUGUCCCCUCUAUGGACUGCUCUGACGUCGUCUUCCCCAGUAUUUCUGUAUGCUUCUUUUUCCGGGGUCGGGAGUGUGAUGCUUGGUGAUGUACUUUCAAUGGAGAACCCGCGGCCGGUGGUGGGAUUUGACGUAGACGGCAGACUGUUGCAUAGCAUGGAGACGUGGGCUCGAGAGGACGGUCGUCGCAAACAGGUUGACGGCGCUGUCGAUGACGGACUAUCACUCAUCAUCACGAUACUACAAUAUCCCAAGGUUCUCAAACCCUCAAACCAACGAACUCACACUAUUAAACACCCUCCAUCCCAAGAACUCAAAAUGCACGGCGGAAGACAAGAAAACUACGGCUCCAGCGGCAUGGGCGGCGGCAUGGGCGGUGGCUACAACGACGGCCCUAGAGAAAACUACGGCGGCGGCAACAUGGGAGGAGGCAUGGGCGGCGGCUACGGAGGCGGCCGCGAGAACAUGGGCGGCCGCGGUAUGAGCGGCGGCAUGGGCGGAGGCUACGGAGGCGGCGGCCGAGACAACUACGGUCCCUCCGGCGGCAUGGGAGGCGACCCCGGUCCCCGCGACAACUACAACGGCGGUGGCGGCAUGGGCGGCGGCAUGGGUGGUGGUAUGGGAGGUGGCGGUGGCUACGGCGGUGGCCGUGAAGAGUACGGACAUUCUGGUGGCCACUCUUCCCACGGACGCCGCAACAGCUACGACCGCCGCGAUAGCUACGACCGCCACGACAACCACAGCAGCCACGGCAGCAGUCACGACAACCACAACAGCAGCAGCGGCGGUAGCGGCGGAGGUCUCCUCGGCGGGAUCCUCGGCGGCGGAGGAAAGGAUAAGAAGGAGGAGAAGAAGAGCGAGGGGUUCACUGACAAGUUGAUUGACGGUGCCGCUUCGUACGCCAAGAAGAAGUGCGCGUCCGGAAUUGCAGUCAUUAUGAAUCUUGAGCGAUCUCAUCGCACCUCAUUCAAAUCUGCCAAAGGGGCUUUCGGGGCAUUUUCGCUUCCCGUUGAAUACUCUUGUUACAUGCCCUCAAAAACGCCAAAUUUCAUCCUCUCUCGUCAAUCAAAAAGGGAGACACUUCCUAAGAAGUCAGAAGGGUCACCAAAAUUCAAGGCCUUUCUUCCUCCUCUCGUUGUCCGAAGCAAGGCAAAACAAAAGAAAGCCCCAGGCAAGGGGUCGAGUAGGGCAAGUUCGAAGAAUCAGUUGCAGGGGCCAGGAGACCACAAUCCAACAGAGCGUCCUUGGUAA